AUGUUUCAACAUAUGAAAGACUUGUUCAUUCCGAAAAGUCGAUCAAGAGACAGUGAUGCCUCCAAACUGACAGAUAUGUAUGAAGAAAACGAAGGAACAGCAUCAGCAACAACAACAACAACAUUUCAACGAAUCAACCAUUCAAUUCAUGCUCGUUUGAAAGAGUCUUCUGCCGUUCCUUCAAAUUCAUCCUCUCAUUCAUCAUCGGGAUCGAUCCAUACCAAUAACAACAACAACAACACCACAACAACGUUCGACAUGGAUCCAUCAAAUUCAUCUGAAAUUAUCACCACCAAUUCUUCUGUAAAUAACAAUAAUUCUUCAUCCUCAUCUUCCUCCUCUACCACAGCAACAGCAACAACAGCAGUUGUGGGACAUUCGUUAUCACCACCGUCAUCACAACAACGACAAUCUCAUACCGCUGUCAGUGGUCAAAAUGCAAAUGGUUCACCAAAUUCUCCACGACGUAAUGCUCUCUUCAUGUUUAAUCGAAAAAGUACAACUGGAAUUCUCGGAGGAAAUAAUUUGGUGGUUGCAUCCAUGACUGGAAUUACAAAAUCAAAAAGUAAUUCAUCCAAUACUUCUUCGUCGUCAUCUUCAACAGUCCUUUGUAGUAGUGGAUUUGAUUCACCACAACCAUUUAUUAUUGUAAAUUUAAAGUCUGGUGAAGAUUUGGUGGCAUGUGACAGAAAUGGAAAAUCAGAUCCAUUUUGUGAGUUUACGUAUCGGUAUUUACCGAAUAAUAACACAAAUUCUCAAAUCGAUUCAUCACAGCUGAGAGGAGAUUAUUUAGUGGAAACUAAGAAAUCCUCGACCAUGAAAAAAACAUUAAAUCCAAUGUGGGGAGAAAGUUUCUUUUUCAGUGUGAGAAAUGUGGAACAAGUGGGUAAUGAUGAUUAUUUUGUGGGAGCUAUUAAGGAUGAAUUGAUUGUCACUGUUUGGGAUUUUGAUUUAUUUCAAUCGAAUGAUUUUAUGGGUUGUGUGACGGUACCUCUUAGUCAACUUUUACAAAAUCAAACUCAAAAAUUUUAUUUAAAACUUGAAGGAGUACCCAAAGGGUUUAUUUAUUUGGAAAUUACGGCCAUCCAUUGUGGACUAAAUAUUGAUAUGGACCAUUCUGUACAAAAUUCUCUGACUGCCACGACUCCUGAAAGUGAAUCAUCUCCGAGAAAUACGGAUGCUGGUCAAGAUUUUGACAUUCCUGAAAUUUUCACAUUCGAAAAAUUGCUUGAAACAAAUUCAACAUUUAAGAAUCUGUAUGAAGAAUACAUGUCGAAACAAUCCAGAUAUGAAUAUGAGCUUAUUAAACCGCUCGGGGAGGGUGCUGUUGGAUUGGUAUUCAAGGCCAUGAGAACUUUGACAAGUGACACUGAUGCCAAUAAUAAUAACUCAAACAAUGAAAAUGUCAAUGCAUCUCCUUCCAUCGUUGCAUUGAAAAAAGUCACAAUAGAUCACUGGCAAACUGCUCUCGAAAUCUUGUACGAAAUAGAAGUCAUUCGAUAUUUGGAUCAAGGAAUCCUCUCUCAAUGUGAAAAUCUUGUACAUCAUCAUCGAAUAUUUAUUGAAACUAUCAAACCCAGUGAAAAGAGAUUCAAAAGAGGAGGAACCCAUUUGAAACAACUCGCUCAGCAACAACGAAAGAAUUCCAUUCAAUCUCUCCUUAAGGAUUACAACGAUGAAAUUGUCAUUUGUUUUGAAAUGCCCUUAUUCAAUCUUGGUGACAUGCAAAAAUUCUUAGAAAUGAAACAACGAAAAGGAAAGAAAUUGGAAAUGAAGACGUUCAUUUCUUACUUGAUGCAAUUGGCUCAUGCUCUUUCCUUAAUGCAUCAUCCUGAAUUGCGACAUACCCAAGAACACGUUGGAACACGUGAUGGAAAUUUUAAAUUUUCCAGCUCUACUCGAGAACAACAGUUAUUACAACAACAACAACAACUGAUGGAUCGAUCCAUUUUGUGCCAUCGAGACAUCAAACCUCAAAAUAUUUUCUUUAGUGACGACGAAUAUCGAACGAUCAAGUUGGCAGAUUAUUCAUUCUUGGUUCGGCAUGAUCCUCAAGAAUCUGAGAGCAAUGGUUCGCAUGAUGGAGGGAUGGAUGAUUCUGUUUUUAAUGUGACAAGUCCAACUGGAAAUUGUCAUCCAACUUGGGAUACUUAUGGUUUAAAAACUACGAAAUUAUGUGGAUCGAUUCCUCACAUGGCACCUGAACUUUAUAUUCAAAUGAUUAGUGAUGAUCCAACACUGACUCCAACGACUCUUCAGAGUAACCACACCAAUUCAAUCGAAAUGCUCACAAACACAGAUAUUUUUUCGUUUGGAGUGGUCGCUUAUCAAUUAGUGACAUUUGACACUAAGGUUGAUCAUUCUUUUUACAGGAGAAUCAUGCCUCCCCAUGUUAAAUUUCCCAACAGCAAAACUGACAAGAAGAAACAAAAAGAAGUCUACAAUGAAUUUAUGGAAGAAUUAGAAUUCGAAUUAUUCAAAUUGGUCGACUCGAAUCGUUUCGACAUGGAAGAGAACAUGGCCUUUUCCUUGAAGGAUCUCAUCCUUAAAUGCCUCAAAUGGGAUCCCAUGGAACGACCUACCGCUUUACAAUGUCGUUCCUUAUUACUCGAAUUGAUGAACAAGUACGGAGAGGAAGCUUGA